AUGGACCGCGAUUUCGGCCGCGGGAAGCGCACGAUCCAGAUCGAUUUAGCAUCGGAAAACGAUCAAGGGGACCUGGACCGGCUAUUGGAUGACGCCCAUGUCUUCGUCCAAGGAUUCCGACCCGGGGCCCUCGCAGCAUCGGGGUUGUCGCCUGAAACCCUCGCCCAACACUUCCAGCGCCGCGGCAUCGUGUGUGCCAAAUGUCUGCGUUCAAACUUGCUCGGGGAUGAAUGUCUCCGAGGCCGAGCAUUUUGGGGCCGGAGACGCGGCACAGCCUACUCCUGUCAGGCACCGGACCACGUGAGGGGUUAUUUCCUGGCCGCGGGCAUCAUGGCGGCCCUAUACAAGCAGGCCACUGAGGGAGGCUCUUGGCGAGUGGAUGUCCCUCUUGCCGGCGUGAUGAAAUAUCUGCGAUCGCUGGGCAGUGGGAAGGACGAAUACCUGGAAACCCGUGACACCAGAUUUGAUCCCAUGACGGCUGUGGGCAUUCCGCUGUGA